AAGUGCUUCUUCUUAAAGUGACAGUGCAGUGAUUUAGCGAACUCUAUCCAGUAUCUCAGCGGCUACUGUCUCUUUAAGAGUCCAGAGCUCGCUCUCAAUGAACGCCGAGCAGUCAGAUGCACGUUUCUCUCUUUUUGUGUGUAUUGUAGUGCGUGUGUGUCAAAAGGAGGUGGAUCUGGCGCACCGGGAGGCCGUUCCGGGUUCCGCGCGAGCAAUUGGCUGCUCGUGAACUUUGUUAGUCUGUGCGCUCCGGUCACGCACGGCACGCACUCGGGAUGUCUCGUGCUCUUCGGGGUCACCGGUGCGCUCGCGACCUCGCGGAAGAUUAGCGAGAUCAUCCACACACUCGGUGCGCAACGCGCAGCUCAGAAUCGAACCAGAGAGAGAUUAACGGUAACCGGAGAGAUGGCGGAGAAGCGGAUGUCGCGCUGGUACUUCGGUGGGAUCGCGUCGUGCGGAGCCGCCUGCUGCACGCACCCGCUGGACCUGGUCAAGGUGCACCUGCAGACGCAGCAGGAGGUGAAGAUGAGGAUGGUUGGCAUGGCGAUGCACGUGGUGAAGAACGACGGUGUGCUGGCGCUCUAUAACGGCCUCAGCGCCUCGCUCUGCAGACAGAUGUCGUAUUCUCUCACCAGGUUUGCCAUCUAUGAGACGGUCAGAGACAUGAUGGGCAGCGGCGGUCAGGGACCCAUGCCCUUCUAUCAGAAAGUCCUGCUGGGCGCGUUUGGAGGCUUCACCGGCGGCUUCAUCGGGACUCCAGCGGAUAUGGUUAACGUUCGGAUGCAGAACGAUAUGAAGCUUCCUGCAGAGCAGAGGAGAAACUAUAAACACGCGCUGGACGGGCUCUUCCGGGUCUGGCGGGAAGAGGGAACCAGGAAGUUGUUCUCAGGAGCCACUAUGGCGUCCAGCAGAGGAGCCCUGGUCACUGUCGGACAGCUGGCGUGUUAUGAUCAGGCCAAGCAGCUGGUGUUGGGCACAGGACUCAUGGGAGAUAAUAUACUCACACACUUCCUGUCCAGCUUCAUCGCUGUGAGUAUCGAAGCCUCUGAUUGGCCAGUCAUUGGUUAUUCUUGA